AUGGGUAGACGGAAAUUCGACAAAAAAUCGGCCCAGACAUUUAGCGUCGUUCACAGAUCGCACGAGGACUCUCUAUAUUUUGACAAUGACGCCUCGAGACAUGUUUUGGUGCCUGUGAAAAACAAAAAGGAGCCGCAGGCCAAAAGCAAGAAAAUCUUCACCACGGCGGAAUUGGAAAAAAACUUGACCCCAAGUGAAAUCAAAAGCAUCAGGGAAAAUGAGGGGCUUGCAGCACAGUACGGUAUCUUUUUUGAUGACUCCAAGUACGACUACAUGCAACAUUUGAAGCCCAUUGGAAAAGCGGCAGAUGCAGUUUUCAUCGAAGCUGGAGCAGAGACAAAGCCGCAGAAGAAAAACAUCGAGGACCUUCUUAAGGACUCGCUACCUUCUGAAAAGACCCGGAAAGUGACACAUGAUGUGCUUGAGAACAUUCCUCGUGAGCUCCAAGGUUUCAAUCCAGAAAUGGAUCCUAGAUUACGAGAGGUUUUGGAAGCACUUGAAGACGAGGCUUAUAUCGAAGGAGAGGCACAAGAUGAUGACGACAUUUUCGCCGAUUUAUUGCAAAGUGGUGAAGUCGAGGACGAAGAGGAGUUUUACUAUGGUUCAGAUGGCGAUUACGAUGAGUGGGAUCUUGAUAACUACGAAGAUGAGUAUGAGCAAUAUAACCUGGAGAACGAGCCCGAGCCUGUCGAGUUGGAAAAUCCAUAUAAUGAGGGAGAAGCCCCCGAGGACUUUGAGGGUGUCCAGUUACAGAGCAAUUUAUGGGAGAAAGAUUUUCAAAAAUACAAGAAUGCCACGAAAAACACAGCUAAUGACUGGGAUUCGGACGACGAUUUCGAGGACGAGAACGAAAAUGCAGACACUUUAGGUGAGCUUCCGGCCAUUGGAGGAAAGAAGAAACCAAAAAACAAGAUCAGAAAGAAGAUGGGUGCCAUGACAGAUACCACGUCUUUUUCCAUGACAUCUUCUGCUUUGUUCAGAAGCGAAGGCCUCACGUUGUUGGAUGAUCGGUACGAACAACUCGCCAAGAAGUUUGAAGAGGAUGAAGACGAAAAAACCCCUGAAGAAUUCGACAUUAAAAAGGAACGUCUGGAUUUCGAAGGCAUGCUUGAUGACUUCUUGGACAACUAUGAGUUGGAGAAGGGCGGCCGUAGGUUGGUCAAGAAAAACGAUCGCCUCAAGGCCAUUCAAGAAGCGGCAGACAGUGUUUCCAAAAGUAAGACCGCUGCUCGUAGAAAGAAGGAGAAAAGCUCAAUGGACAAGCUCGGCGGAAGCUUUGGGAAUCUCAAUAUUUAG